AUGAGCACAAGACGGACCAUACCUCAGCCGUCUCAGCGGGCGAACGAGCCGGCCAACCGAGCGACGACGCUUGAGAGGGUAUCAAGACGUUACUGCUGUUUUGUAAAGAUGCUGAUCGUGAGUUUGCACAUCGGCGUCGCCUACAGGGCUCGAGAUGGAUGA